AUGCCCGAUAGACCAGUUUUAUCCAAGAAGAGAAAGAUGGUUCUUUUGCUCACAUUCAGCGUUGCUCAGUUUCUCGAUAUCACAGCAAGGUCCGGGGUCGUUCUUUUCGUCGAAGAUAUCUCGAGGGAUCUCAAUAUCAAAUAUCAAGUUUCCACCUGGGUUCUUACCGCAUUCUCGGUGCCUUUCGCUGCGUUUCUUCUCUUCUGGGGACGCGUCGCAGACCUUUUCACAGCCAAGACCACAUUCGUGUAUGGUUUCUACGUUCUAGGAGUACUCAACCUUAUCAUCUCGUUUCUACCUAACAAAUACGCGUACUUCAUUCUUCGUGCCCUCAGCGGGCUGGCAGCUUCCGCUACCAUUCCAUCAGCAUAUCGGCUCAUCGUGGCGAUCUUCGAACCCAAGGAAGUUGGAGGUGCGAUAGCGAUCUUCACCCUGACUGGUGCGUUUGCCAACGCAUCUGGCUUGGUUCUGGCAGGUUUCUUUGGUUUUAUCAAGUCGACCAACCAGCUGGCCGGCUGGCGAUGGUUUUUCCGAGCAAUGACAGUUAUCGCCAUCCCCUUCGCCGGCCUUGCCCAAGCACUCAUUCCAAAAAUUCCCGGUGUUCGCGCCACCCAAGCGGAGAAAUGGCGUCAAUUCGAUUUGAUAGGCUGUAGCAUCAUGCUCUUUUCCAACUUGUUGCUCAUCCUCGGUCUGACCCUCGGAGCGACGUACGGCUGGAAGACGGCGAAAUUCCUAGUCCCUUUCCUUCUCAGCUGGCCGCUGUUCAUCGCGUUCUUUUUCUGGGAACGAAAGCAGCCGGCUCUUUCUGCUUUGGUCCCAUCUAGCACUUGGCGAGUGCCAAACUUGGCCCUAUAUCUCUGGCUAGCAUUGUGCGUGUUCGGCUGGUGGGGUGCUAUCCAACUACCCUUGGUGGAAAUAUACGAAACCGUCUAUCACGAAUCGUCUAUCAUCUCGGCUGUACGAAUGAUACCCAUGGGAAUCGCAGCUUUAGUUCCUAUGCUUUUCCUUCCGAAACUUCUACCUAUCCUUCGACCAUAUUCCCGAUGGUUCAUUUCCUUUACACAGAUCGUAGCUGCUUCUUCGCUCCUUAUCCUCAUCUAUUCCAGAGGUGGUAAUAUACAUAACAACGGUUAUUGGAGGUACCAAUUUCCCGCUUUUAUUGUUGGGUCGUUCAUAAAUGCUAUGGCGUUUCUGACUGGUAGUGUACUUGUCGUCACGUCAGUUCCACCUUCUAUGUCAGGCGUAGCUUCCGCUCUGAUUCAAGUGGCUUAUCAAAUCGGAAUCGUCGUGACAAUCUCUAUCCAAGCUGGAUUAUUGACGAUUCAUCCCGGAAGUAUAGCCAAUUUCUCUAAUGUACAAGCAAGUUGGUGGUUUCAAUUCGGUUGGUGUUUACUCAACGCUAUACUCGCGUUGUUGUUUCUUCAACGUCCACCUCCACCACCUACGCCAGCUGCAGCAAUUCCUGUCAAAACCGACGCGGAAGCGUGA